GAAAAUAAUAGAAAAACAUUUGACCCCUCUGUGCAUGUUUCUUUCUUUCCAAACACACCCGAAAGAAUAGUCCCAAGGCACAGCUCAGAGCCAUGGCUGGCAAGCGCAAAGACGUAAACAUAGAGAGAAAGACCCAUUUUUUAAGCGUGGGUUCGCAAGUGGAGGUGAGCAGCGACGACGAAGGGUUCAAAGGCGCAUGGUACGUGGCCACAAUCCUCAAGUCACCCUUUUCUUCCAGGAAAACCUUCGCCAAGCGAAAAUUCAAGGUAUUGGUUCAGUAUCAUGAAUUAAUUACCGACAAUGACGAGAACGAGCGAUUGACCGAGUUCGUCGAUGCUUCUCAUAUUAGGCCUCUGCCUCCGCCUCCCGACAUUGAUCAGUCUUUUGAACCGCACGACGUCGUUGACGCCUUCCACCGUGAUGGGUGGUGGAAGGCUGUUGUCGUUAAAGUUCAAGUUUUGGAGAAGGACAAUUCCAAGAGGUACACUGUGAUCUUUGAAAACCCACCUGAACAGUUCGACUUUUGCUCUGCAGAUUUGAGGUUUCACUGGGUUUGGACUGAUGGCAACUGGGUUCGACCCCCAAAACAGAAGAGAAUGGAAGGGUUAAAGUUUGGAAAAGGAAUGGCUGUGGAAGUGAGCCUCAACAAGGAAAAUUUUCAAGAUGCUUGGUUCCCAGCAAUUGUUAUUGAGGAAGUUGGCUUCAAUUCUUUCUUGGUGGAGUGUGGCAGCUCAAGAAACAAUGAUGAGAAUGGCCUUAUGAGAGAAAUUGUUGAUUCCUUCCAUAUUCGGUCUCCCCCUCCUAACUUGGAGGUUAAAAAUUUUGAGAUAUUGGAAACAGUAGAUGCUUUCUAUGAUUCAAGUUGGAGGGAUGGCUUCAUCACCAAAAUUCUUACAGAUGGAAGGUAUAACAUCUUUCUAAAACACGCAAAUGUGGAGAAGCAAUUCAGCCAAUCGGAAAUAAGGCCACACCUGCACUUGAUGAAUGGCUCAUGGGUUAGUUAUUCCAGGGAUGUAUCAAUUGGUAUACAAUGCAAAGAACAUUCAACCCAUGUUGACAACAAUGCCAAAAGCCCUGAGGUGGCUAUUCAUAUUGAGAGUUCAACUGCAGAAUGGGAUCACUCAGAAGGAAAAUCCUCAUGCGAAAAUUCAAGGAAGAACUUAUUAGAGCAUUCAACCCCUUGUGAAGCAAAAUCAACAAGUAAGAAAGUGAAUAAGAGAGCACCUAAGAUUGAGGAUGAACUAUCAUGCCCUUCCAAGAAGUUCAAAAGGGGAAAGUCUGCAAACCCUUUGUCUCCACAAGCAUGUCCUGCAAAGUUGAUACCAAUCAAGACAACAAAUCAAGAAGUGCAAGUCACAGACAGCGCACUAACUAAAUGCUCAACCCAACAAUUGGUUGACAAUGCUGGGUCUGAAGGUCCAUUCAGGGGAGAGAACAUUGAGCCUAAUCAACAAGAAGCUGGACUAAAUAGUGAAAUGAAAAGUUCUGUGAUAAAAGGGGAACUGAAUUCUCAAGUUACAAGCCAGUGGGAUACAGCAGCAGGCAGAGAGGACAUGACAAAAGGAGAUUCUUCUGAAGUUAUUGUUGAAGUUGACCAUAUAGAAAAAGAUGCUGAAUCUUCUGGUGCCUUAGCUGAGGGGAGAAAGGGCUCAUAUCCAGAAAAUUCUUACCAGCUUCUUGAUGAGGAGAUUAAUCUACAGAAAGAAAGUGAUGCAAUUCAGCAGCAGAAAGCAGGUGAACUGCACAAUGUAGCUGGAGAUGGUGCUAAUGAAAUGAAUUUUAAACAUUGUACAGCUGAAGAGGCAGAAUUGUGUACAGUAAUAGGCUUUGAGCCUGAAGGUAAAGAAGAAAGACAAGCUGACGAAUUCACACAAUCUUCUGCAAUAAAUGUUAUAGUAGACAGUGACCUAGUGAAGAUUCAAACAACUCCUUUUGUGAAGAGCUCACCUAUUUGGAAAAAUGUUGAGUCUCUGGAAGCUUUCCAAUCUCUACCACAAAAUCCACAUUUUAGUCCUUUGAUUGAUUGUAAAGAGGCAAGUCGGGAGGGAUCUGCUAUUGGUCAUAUGUUGACCUUCGCCACUGUGGUAGAUAAGACAUCCAAGUUGCACGUUGAUGAUCCUAGAAUGCUUUUUUAUAGCUAUUUGGAAACUCUCGCUGAUCUGGAAAUGCUUGGAUUUGAUGUUAAGGCUGUUGUGGACCGUCUUAACAAGUUACUGUCUAUCAAAGAUAGGCAAGAACAGCUUCAGGAUCAGUCAAAAAAUGUUGACAUUCAGAUUGCAGAGUGUGAUCACGAAAAAGCCAAAGUGAAAGAAGAUAUUGAUGCAAUUGACAAGAAGUUAAGGGAGAUAGAAGAGCAACGGGCAAUGAAAGUGGCAAUGAAGGUGAUGAAAGAUUCUGAGAUUAUUGCUUUACAAGAAGAUGCUAAUGCUAUCAGUGAAGACAUUGUGAAAUCCAGGCAAGAUUUUGAAAGUCUAGCUGCUGCACCAUGGUAACUGAUGCCUUUUUUGUGAUUGAUCCUUGUAGUUAUUUUGGCCAAAAGAUGGUAAUUCUUAAUCUUAGUUCGGUUUUGUAUAUACAAGACUAAUGUUAUGGUUAUUAGGUUAAUAUAAGUGUUAUCAUCCCACUA